CUGGCAGAGCUGUUGAAGAGCAUCUUGACCCCUACUAGCUUGAUUCAGAAGUGAAUUAGACUGGCAGACUAAACAUAACCUAUAGCUAUCAACAGCCACCAUCUGUACUUAAGACUCACGUGUCCAUGAUAUUUACAGCAAUAUCAUCCCUCAUACCCGGCUGUUUAUGCUUGCAUCACGUGGGAUACCUCGCACCACAACCCCCUUAAUUCUUCUUCACUAGCUGCCCGAACUUCCCUUGUCCGAAUACCAAAUCAUAUCAUUCACCAUAUGUCAUUACUUCAACUCGGGCAAACCCUCCGAGGCAGGCUGGGAAAAUACACCAUAACAAAACAAAUCCAGGACACCGUUUGGUUUGCACGAAACCAAGCCAACGAGACAGUCGUAGUCAAAGGAGUUCAAGGCCAUCCUCGCGUGGAAAAUGAACGAGAUGCUCUUAAACGCUUCCAGCAUUCAACGACUCAUCUCCGACCAUUACUCGACGAAGUACAAGAGCCUGCAGAACCACCUAUCAUCAUCCUGAAGUAUCUGGAGGACAACCUCCUCAGUUCAUCUAUCAAGAAAACUCUCAAUCGUCAGGAGCUUAAAUAUGUUGCACGAUCUAUACUCAAAGCAUUGAAAGUCCUCCAUAAAGAUAAAUAUGUGCACACAGAUGUCAAACCAGACAACAUCUUCGUAAAUUACAAACAAGGCAAAAACCGGUUCUCCGAGAUCCAGCUCGGCGAUCUAGGAGGCUGUUACCCCGCCGACAGCUCCAUCGCAAGAAGAGGCACGCCUGUGGGCGCAGCCAUCUGGUCGAGUCCUGAGAUACUGAUGGAAACGCCCUGGAAUACGGCCACCGACAUCUGGUCUUUUGGAACGGUGCUGAUCAGCCUGAUAUACGGGGGUGACUUUAACUUAUUCCGACCACGCACGGUGCCCUAUGGCCAUGAGGAAUACAACUUGGAGGUCUUGAAACAGCAGUUCAGAUAUUUUGGGCCCUUUCCGGGGAAAUAUCAGGAGAUUGCAGGCCCGGAAACGGUCUUGGCGAUCUUGUAUCUGAUGCAUGAGAUUCCUCAAUCGCAGACCACGCCGUUUAUUCGGACGACGGAACGAGAGGUAUCUUUGAGGGAUAAGUUGUUUAUUGGGAAGAUUAUGAUGCUGGAUUGGAGGGAUAGACCUACGGCACGAGAAUUAUUGGAGGAUAGGUGGUUUGAGCAAGACUAGUCGGUGUAUUCGACCUGUACUCGUCAAACUGUCAAUCCCCAAAGGAACGACCUGGAUAUAUUGCUGUACAUCUUAUAG